GUGCUCGCACUGGGGGCUAGGGACGGGUUGGUGCCGUCUGUCCUUCUGCAGCCGUCUCUCUCUAUAUUUUUUCUUUCUAUUUUGCAAUUUGGAACAUUUUUGCAAGGCGAGGGGUUCGAGGCAGGUGAGAGCAUCCUGCGCGUCGCCCUGGAGCCCGCGGGCACUUGGCGCGCCCUCCUGGGACUGUCUGCACCGAGAACCCCAAAGUUGUUUUUGAUUUUUUUAAAAAAAUAUUUUUAUGCAGAUGUAUUUAUAAAGAUAUAAGUAAUUUUUUUUUCUUCCCGUGUCUCUCCACCGCUUUGAAAGCGAGUACUUUGGCAAAGAACGGAGGAAAAAGCUCAGCAAUAUUUCGGGGGGUGAUUGUCUUUCUUUUUGAAAGAAAAAAAAAACUGAGCGCUUCGCGAUGGAGAAAAUGUCCCGACAGCUCCCCCUGAACCCCACCUUUAUCCCGCCUCCCUACGGCGUGCUCAGGUCUCUGCUGGAGAACCCGCUGAAGCUCCCCCUUCAUCACGAAGACGCAUUUGGUAAAGAUAAAGACAAGGAAAAGAAGCUGGAUGAUGAGAGCAACAGCCCGACAGUCCCCCAGUCAGCAUUUUUGGGACCCACCUUAUGGGACAAAACCCUUCCGUACGACGGAGAUACUUUCCAGUUGGAGUACAUGGACCUGGAGGAGUUUUUGUCAGAAAAUGGCAUUCCCCCCAGCCCGUCCCAKCAUGACCACAGCCCUCACCCUCCUGGGCUGCAGCCGGCUUCCUCAGCCGCCCAGUCGGUCAUGGACCUCAGCAGCCGGGCCUCAGCACCCAUUCACCCUGGCAUCCCAUCUCCMAACUGUAUGCAGAGCCCCAUCAGACCAGGUCAGCUGUUGCCAGCAAACCGCAAUACACCAAGUCCCAUUGAUCCUGACACCAUCCAGGUCCCGGUGGGUUAUGAGCCAGAUCCAGCAGAUCUUGCCCUCUCCAGCAUCCCUGGCCAGGAAAUGUUUGACCCUCGCAAACGCAAGUUCUCUGAGGAAGAACUGAAGCCACAGCCCAUGAUUAAGAAAGCCCGCAAAGUCUUCAUCCCUGAUGAUCUGAAGCAGGAUGACAAGUACUGGGCAAGGCGCAGAAAGAACAACAUGGCUGCCAAGCGCUCCCGCGACGCCCGGCGGCUGAAGGAGAACCAGAUUGCCAUCCGGGCUUCGUUCCUGGAGAAGGAGAACUCGGCCCUCCGCCAGGAGGUGGCUGACUUGAGGAAGGAGCUGGGCAAAUGCAAGAACAUACUUGCCAAGUACGAGGCCAGGCACGGGCCCCUGUAGCAUGGCAUUUUUGCGGGCUGGCUUUUGACUAGAUGGACAGCUUGUUUCCUGUCUGAUAGCACCACACCCAAACCAACCUUUCUGACAUCAGCACUUUACCAGAGGCAUAAACACAACUGACUCACAUUUUGGUGUGCAUACGUGUGUGAGUGUGUGUGUGUGUGUGUGUGUGCACGUGGGCAUAGGCGUGCCCAUGUGCUUGUGCUCAUGAGUGUGGUCCACCGUGUGUGUGUGUGUGUGUGUGUGUGUGUGUGUGUGUUCCUUUGCACUUGCCAUUUGAAGAUGGCCCUCUCAUCGUCUUUUAGUUUGAACAAAGAAAGGUGCCAUGUUUUGACUAGACUCUGGAGACCUCUUGUGGGUUUCCCUCCCCACUCCCUUUUCCACUUCUGCCCUAUCCUUGUGGCUUCACAUUUCCGGCUUACCUACUCUUCCAGGACUCCACUUGGAUUCACUUAAGAAGAGCCCUGGUAAAACAGUGGGUCUCAGUUCUCAAGAGUACAAACUCUUGUUUUUGUUGAAUCCGUAAGUCGCCAUGCUGAUAACGGUGCACACAGUAACUUAGCACUACACACGCAGCUCUGUUCCUUUAUAGGUUGCUUUCAUUUCCCGCCCCAUCCCACCCCACCCCCAGUUUUGGUGAUAAUCAUCUUCAAAUUUAAAGUGCUGUUUAGAUUUGUUAGAUCCCAUAUUUACUUAUUGCUAUUUACUAAGUUUCCUUUUCAUUCUACCGGCCCCCAGAUAAGUAAGAGUACUAUUAUAGAACACAGAGUGUGUUUUUGCACUGUCUGUACCUAAAGCAAUAAUCCUAUUGUACGCUAGAGCAUGCUGCCUGAGUAUUACUAGUGGACGUAGGAUAUGUUCCCUACCUAAGAUUUUUUCACUGUCUUUUAAAAAAAAAAAACAAAAAUUAAAACAAUGCAUUUGAGCAUGACCAGAACAUCCCCAGGACAGGGAAGCAGAGGGUAACGGGAGGUCUAUGAAUGAGGGGUUAGAUGGAUCAGUACAUGAGCCAAAAAUGCUUCUUGGACUAGCCUGUGGCAUUGACCUUGGUUUCAUUGUCUCCCUUCCCCCGCGCUCACCCCACUCUCACUUUUCUAGUUAACUUUUUCCAUAUCCCUCUCGAUAGUCAAAAACAAUUACUUAAGAUUCAGUUUUUCCAUUUUUUUUGGUAAUAUAUAUAUAUAUAUAUUUUUGUGAAUUCUAUUUUGCUGUUUUUAAAAAUCAGUUGAUUCAGUUAAUAAGUUGAUGUUUUGUAAGACCCUCUAUCCUCGUGGUAUCAUUUCUGAAUGCCUCAUCAGUUAAGGAUUCUGGAGCUUUCGUUUCUUAUUCUCUGUUUGCUUUUGAACGGAUGUGCUCUUAUAAAGUGGACUUCUGAAAAAUGAAUGUAAAAGACACUGGCGUAUCUCAGAAGGGGAUGGUGUUGCAAACUGUGGUUCAUCCAAUUGAUUUAAAUGUUUACUGCAGACCAAAAGGAGAGACUAUUAAAUUGUUUAAUGUUUAUACAGAGUAAUUAUAGGAAGUUCUUUUUUUGUACAGUAUUUUUCAGAUAUAAAUACUGACAAUGUAUUUUGGAAGACAUAUAUUAUAUAUAGAAAAGAGAAAAGUAUUCCUUGUUUUAAAAUUAUAUAGCAAAGAUAUAUAUUCACCGAUGCUGUAUAGAGAAGAAGCGCUUUGGGGUUUUUGAAGUCUUUAAUAUUUUAAGCCUAUUAUUGACACAUCAGCAUGUUUUCUGCUUUCAAUUAAAAUUUUAUGACAGAAUCGAGGCUCGCCGUGACAAAUCCUGCUCCGAUGCUUUCUUGUUUCUUAUUAGGUCUCAGAAAGAAGUCAGUUAACAUCACCCAAAAGCACAAAAUGGAUUUUAGUCAAAUAUUUAUUGGAUGAUACAGUGUUUUUUAGGAAAAGCAUCUGCCACAAAAAUGUUCACUUCAAAAUUCUGAGUUCCUGGAACGGAGCAUUGCUGCCAGUGCCCCAAAUGAUUUUGUUUUCUCCUCUUCCGGCCUGUGCAUCUCACGCCGUGUAAGGUUGACAUCGGUGCUAUGUGUAUGGCUUAUGCUCUGAUAGAUGUUUUGACUUUAAAGAUGAUUGUUCUUCUGUUUCACUAAGUUGUAUAAUUGUCAAGAGAUUCUGCUGUUACUGCAAAGAAACAUUUUGUGCUAGAUUAAAAUCCCCUUUCAUCCACGGGAGUUUUCUAUUUUCCUGCCUCCACAGCAUCUUCAUUCUUUAAUGAUCUGCCGGGUCCCCUGUCUAUGCAUCAUACUGCUCCUCUCUAGUGUCAUGGACUUUGGAAAUGUGGCCAGUAGGCUAUUUCUACUAGUACCCGUUUUGUUCCAAGCCACUGAGAAUGUCAGGGGAUGGGGGAGUAUUGGAACUAAUAAUAUACACUAUUUAGGUAAAUAACGAAUAAAAAUCAACAAAACCUUUGGCAAUCUUAAGAAUUACUGAAUAUGAAAUUCAGUAAGGGCCCCAAGUGGACAUAGAGUUGGCCUUUUUACAGACGAAGAGGCUAACUGCAGAAUCCUUAAAUGAUAGUCGUCAUUAAAGCAAAGAAGGACAAAUGACACCUUUAAGUGCAGAAGUUGAAGGGCCUUGCUAUGGACCAUCCCAAUUUUGGAAGUGUCACAUGGUAACUGAAAACAAACAAACAAACAAACAAACAAACCAUAUUUGAGCACUGGUCUUUCUUGGAAUUACACUGUAUCAAAUGAGCAUCAUAGAUGUUUUCUGCAGAAUGAAUAAAAUAAUCAUAACAAAAUGUAUUCUUUUUUUGUGCCAGGAGAGGUUUCAGAAACCUACCUUGUCUUAAAAAAUUGAACACUUUGGAGUCUGUACAGGUGCCUUAUAUGCAGGUCAUUGUCACACAUACACACACACACACACACACACACACACACACACACACACUCAUGGACUGGCUGCCUGACUGUCCAGGGGAAUUAAGUAAUAAAUAAGCUAAUUUUUGCUAAGUAGAGUGGGAAGCCACGGUCUGACUAGGAGUGACUUGGAUCCAGGGUCAAGUGAGUACUUGCAGACUGCAGCUAUUAUGAGAGUCUUGUUGUCAUUUUUCACCAUUUCAUCCUAAGCAUCUUUCAGAGAUUAAUGAUUUGGCCAUUAAAAAAUGAAUACAAGUCACAUCAUACCAACAUUAUUUAGAUGCAAUUUGGGAUGAGUGGCAUAGAACUUCCUGAUAAGGUCACCUCACUGUUUCUUUUGAUUAGAUUUUCAAAAAAAAAAAAAAAAAAGGCAAAGAAAUGAUCAGCCUAUCUCUGCUGCUUGCUACCUUGAGAAUGUGGCCACUUUGGACCAUUCAGAAAUCACAUGAGGUAAGAUUGUGCUAGGCCUUGGUCUUUGAAUACCACAGGUCUCCAUGGAGUCAGCCCUCAAACCAGAACCUUUUGUUUGAAGAGAAGGAGAGUAUGGAUGUGAUUCUGGCACUGAGUUGGUGAGAAGCUGUAUAAUCUAACCCAGAGGUUCCUUCUAACCCUCUUGAUUUUGUCUGGAAACUCAUAAUUCUAACUGUACAUUCAAAAGGUCUAGGGUCAGAAGAAUCAAGGAGAAUUUUAAGCAGUACCCUCUGCUUUGCCUCGGAGUGAAACAACAGACGUUCUGUAAAAUGCAAAGUUGACUUUGGAUUUUCUAGUAAUUCAUCAAAUUUCCCCCUUAUGUUCCUUUUAGGAAAAAUCACACUUUAUCAGUUAAUUAGUGAGAUCCUAACACAGCAGCCUGCUUGGCAUACUGGGGUCAGUCCCCUACAGGUGCCUGAGAUGUGUUAUGCCCUUCACAAGGUAGACACCUUCUGCACCCAAUGUACCCACUUCCUCCUGAGGGCUCCUUGGCACUCCCCAUGGGCAAGACCAGGUUCACCUGGGGGUGUUCCUAAAAUUAAUGUUUCUAAGAAUGAGCAAAACUUUAUUUUAGGUCCUGAUGAAUUGGAUUUAGCGACCAAAUUCAGUGCAUUUUGCAGGAAGUCAAGAGUAUGCAGGGGAGUGUGUGAAUGUGCAUGUGUAUAUGAAUAAGUCAAGACAUAAAAUCUUACAUUUUUUGAGCACCUUACCAAACAACAAUAACCCAUUAUCUUUUUGGCAACACCACAAAGAUCGAAUCUGUUAAACAGGUACAAGUUAACAUGAGGUUAGUUUAACUGUACAUCAUGAUAUUGGUGGUAUGUAUGCUGUUAAGUCCAAAUC